GUGACAAAAACAUCGUAUGCUAAGCUAUAGCAAACUUGAUUAUCGAAUUCGUUAAAACGUUAUUAUUUUUUGUAUUUUUUUAUGCAAAAUAAAUACAGAGGAAAGAAUAAAUAAAAUAAUUAAGACUUAAUUUGAAUUAACAUAAAAGAAUAAAACAUUCGAAAAAUUGCAUAUUUUAAUUUGUAUUUAGUUGUCAGUGCAUUAAUUGAAUAAUGUCCUCCCUCCCCAUAACAUUUCAAAAUGAUUUUCACGAUGAACAACUCUGCAAGCGAAUGGAAUAUCGUGAGCUAGGCCUCACCGGAAUGAAGGUGUCGAAAGUGUCUUUGGGUACCGGCACGCUAAGUGAUUUCUAUGGUGAUCUUGAUUUGGAUGAGGCUAUAAAAACCAUACACAAAGCUCUUAAAUCAGGUAUUAAUUAUAUUGAUACGGCACCAUAUUAUGGACAGGGACGUUCAGAGGAAGUACUGGGCAUGGCAUUGAAAAAUGUACCGAGGGGAGUUUAUUACAUUGCUACAAAGGUGGGACGCUAUGAAAGAGACUUGGAGAAUAUGUUUGAUUUUUCCGCAAAAAAGACAAGAGCAAGUGUGGAGAAGAGCUUGAAGUUGCUUGGUAUCGAUUAUGUCGACAUUAUACAGAUUCAUGACAUUGAAUUCGCUAAAGAUCUCGACGUUGUUGUCAACGAAUGUCUACCUGAAUUGCAGAAAAUCGUAAAAGAAGGAAAAGCGAAAUUUAUUGGUGUAACCGGAUACCCGUUGGAGCGCCUAAAGGAAUGCAUUGAGCGUGCACCAGGCAGUUUUCACUCAGUAUUGGCCUAUACGCGCUACACCCUACUGGACGACUCACUAAAAUCAUAUAUGGACUUCUUCCAGCAACAGAAUUUGGGCAUUGUGUGCGCUUCCGGUCAUGCUCUUGGCCUUCUAACCAAUGCUGGUCCACAAGCAUGGCAUCCAGCCGGCGAGGAAAUAAAAGAGUUAUGCCGGAAGGCUGCAAACAUUUGCAAAGAGGCUAACGUCGAACUCGGCAAGUUGGCCAUGUACCACUUUAUGCAGUUGGAUGGUGUAAGCACCUUCCUAACCGGAAUGCAAACACGCCAAUUGUUGGAUAUCAAUCUGGCCGCAUACUACAAUGGACUGAACAAGAAGGAGCAGGAAGUGUUACAACUAUUACGAGAAACUAUUUUCACCAAAUCACUUAACUGGGAAGGCAACGAAUUGGAAACUUAUUGGGCCGCUAGAAAAGCGAAAAAAUAAUAAGGAAGCGUUAAAGAAACUUUUAAUUUUGAAACAGAAAUGCACUUGGAUUGUUUACAUAAUGGAAUGAAAAUUUUAAAUAUUUUAAACAUGUACAAUUAAAUAUUUGUCCAUCUCUAUUGUGCUAAUAAAAAUUUAGUUUAUUUGUA